AUGACGGGGGGUAAAGAUGGGGAAUCGUCGAAGAAAUCAAAGGGGAAAGGUAAAGCUCCAAUGGUGAUCGACUACUCCGACGAAGAAAUGGAGGAAGCGGAGGCACAUGAUUUGGGUGCCACUAAGGAGCCCGCCUUCAGCCAACCACGAGAUCAGAUACAGCAGCAUUCAGAGUUGCCGGUAUUAGACCCUACUACGCUUUGGUUUGAUGAUAACAAGGUGAGGAGUGCGGUCUCUGGUACGCUAGCUAGAUACUAUCGAGACCCUUGGAGGAAUUUUGGAGAGAAACAAUACACAUGGGCACCUCAAUUGAACGAGCAUGUGAAGAUCACUUUUGAAAGGAAGUUUGCAACUCGCCUACGUGACAUGUUCCACACAGUCACACACAAGAUGAAUGGCGCCAAGCCAGGCUGGCUCAAUAAGGAAGUCCACAAGAAGAUGAUGGACAUUGUUGCCACAGAUCCGACGUAUAAGAAGCGGUUGGCCCAAAAUCGGAAGAACAGAAGGGGCGGUUCGAUGGAAAAUGCGGUUGAACCAACCCAUUAUCAGGGUUCUAUGUCAGCUAUCCAACAUGCAAAAAGGAUGGCGGAGAAGAAUCAAGGCCAGUUACCAACAGCUCCUGAGCUUUUUCUGAAGACGCACUUCAAGGAUGUGCCUGGGAAAGGCACAGUGCCAGCCAACACCAAAGCAAAGCAAAUUGCGGAGGCCUACCAGAAGAAAAUUGAAGAAACAAGCACUCAAGGGAUUCGGAAGAGUCCGAAUGAGUUGUACUUCGAAACUGUGGGUGGUCGCAACAAGAAGGGUCGUGUGAAGGGACUUGGCCAAAGUGCACAACUCUACUAUGGCAACAAGAUGGGUUGA